CUGACUAAAUCAAGAAGAUGGACGGCGGUCUUCCUGUCUUUCUCUGUUGGAUAGGCGGAUAUCCUGCAUUUGUUUAUCAGUGAUAAGUUAACUGCAAGUACUUCAUAAAGUCUCGGUGCAAAACACUAAAGUCCGCCGUCAGUGCUACAAUGGAGGUCCAGGGGAAAGUUGCACUGGUGACUGGUGCUGCCCAAGGCAUCGGGAAAGCAAUUGCUGAAAUCCUCCUGAGGAAUGGCGCUAAGGUGAGUCUGUUGGAUAUCAAUGUAUCCAGAGGUGAAGCCACCAAAGCUGCCUUUGGACAGACCUAUGGAGCUGAGAAUAUUUUGUUCCUUCCAUGUGAUGUAACAUCUGAGAAUCAGCUGAAAGAUUGCUUCAGCAAAACUCUUGAAAAAUUUCAGAGAUUGGAUAUAGUAUGUAACAAUGCAGGGAUCUUUGAUGAGGAAAACUGGGAGAACUGCCUCAAUAUAAACCUGGUCAGUGUAAUUAAAGGAACCUAUCUGGGAAUACAGCACAUGAGUAAACAGACUGGAGGGAAAGGAGGAGUGAUUGUUAAUAUCGCCUCCAUAGCAGGUCUGUUGCCUUUCUUCCUUGGACCAGUUUAUUCAGCCUCAAAGUAUGGAGUAGUAGGAUUCACUGCGUCAUUGUCUCUGUCCUGCCUUGAGAAGCAUGGGGUUCGAUUACAAGCGCUGUGUCCUAUUUUCGUCGACACUAAGCUUCUGACAGAUCUGAAAUCAGUGAAGGCUCCUGACCAGAAGGAGAAGCUUGAGAUGAUGAUAGCCAACCUUGGAGUUCUGAAGACCUCACACGUUGCAGAGGGAUUCUUGCAGCUCGUCAUGGAUCAGACCAGAAAUGGAGCAUCACUGAAGGUGUUGGAAAAUGGCAAGCUUGAGUAUGAACCCCUACCUGUGGUUUUUCCUGAAAAUAUGAUAUCUGUUUAGAAACCUAAUGUAUCCAGCAACAGGUCACUGAGAAUGAUGGAAAGUUUAAACCUGUUCAAAUAUAAAAUGAUUUCCAUUUUAAUUAAUGGUGCUUCAUUAGUGCUUUCAUAUUAAGUUGUUGGUUAUAAAUCAGAACUGAUCAAGCUGUGUUAUGUUCUCAUAAGAAGCAUGCUGAUGAUGCCAUUGCAGCAUCUUAGCAUGUGACCAGAGGGUAUUAAGAUCUCAAACAUCAUCUUACGUCAGAUCACUUGAAGCAUGGCACUCUACAACAGAUGAUGACUUAACCCUGCCACAGCCACUUAUGUGGCUAAGGAAAAUACCAAUUGUUCACAGUAGAGCUAGAUUCUUUACCAUAUGACUUUUAUAGGACCUCACACGUUGCUGAGGGAUUCUUGCAGCUUGUUAUGGAUCUGACCAGGAAUGGAGCAUCGCUGAAGGUGUUGGAUAAUGGCAAGCUUGAGUAUGAAGCCAUAUCGGCGAUUCUUCCAGAAAAUCCAAAAUAUAUUUAGGUACCAAAUGAAUUCAAGCAACAGGUCAUUGAGAACAAUGGAAAGUUUAAACAUGUCAAAUAUAAAAGGAUGAACAUUUUAA